AGAAAACGUAACUCGUCUUCCGGCAAAAAUGGCGACCUGCAUAAAACAGGUUUAGGGGACAUCUAUAUCAGAUGCAUAUAUUAGUUCGCUCUGCUGUACGUGUAUAUUUAUUUUUGCUGUGACACAGGAAACUGUGAUUUAUGUUAUUUAUUUUUGCAUAGCAGUAAAAAAAAAAAGUUAUGGCAAUGCAGAGUGGAUGUGUGAUUCAGGAAAAGGUGGCCAGAUUGUUGAGUAAGCAGCAUGGAAAGCCCGUCCUCAAACCCAACAAGCCUCUGGCCCUUAAAGAUGAAGUCGCCAACCGCAAGCCGAACAAAGGAGAGGCCUCCUGUGUGACAGAAAUGGCAGUAGUGAUGGCUUGCUGGAAACAGAAUGACUUCAACACCAAACUCUGCUCCAAUGAACUCACCGUGUUCUACAGAUGCAUUGAGAGAGCACAGGCUGAGGCGCGUGCUCGAACAAAGCAGCAAACGCUUUCCCAGGGAGGGCGGCUUUUACCAAAACAGGCCACCACACUACUGAAGCGGUACCCAAAUUUGUAAAGAUGGACAUGGGUAGCGAAUUUAUGAGAGACAAACCGGCAUGACUCAACAAACCGGACUGUUGGAAAAACGUUCUUUGGAUGCAGCGGCUUGGGUGUGGCAAUAAGACAUCCACAACUGAUUUGCCACUCAAAAGCUUUUGGUUUUAUAUUUAAUCACAUCAUCAUAAUCAGGAGCAGUCGAUUCUGGUGAAGUAAAGGAACUGAUUUUACAGGAUUGUGGAUGCAUUCUAAUUAUGUCAGUCAGUCUAAGUCAGUGUCAACGCAGGAGUAAAGCAAAUCACCCUGCCGUCACACUCCUUAGAAGCAGCUCACACUGUUUAAUGUUUGAAAGCUUGUUACUUGCUUCAGUGGUUUUGUAAUAUUACUAUUGUUGUUGAUGUAAUCAAAUAAAUUUCCUAACAACUUA